AUGCUUGGCAUGCAGCUUUGUGACCUGAUUGUAUAUAGAGACUCCGCCAGGAGCUGCUGUCGGUGGGUAAGCAUUGUAGCUUUGCCUAGCUUCCGAAAGUGGAUAGGUGCUUGA